AGCGUGAGCGACAGAUCUCCGUGGCCAAUGAUUUGCAGGCGCCUGGAAAUCGCAACCAGUGAUGAGUCUAAGGGGCGGGAGGCAGCAGGUUAGGCAGUGAGAAGUUAGUGGCGCUGCUGGGACGGGGAGAAGAGACGCUUCUUCCUCCUGCUGUUCCUUGCCUUCCCGGGAUCAGCCGCGGCGGUGGCCGCGAGUGAUUCGGCAGCGUCUCCGGCUCCGCGUGAGAACCAUGCUGACGGACAGUGGGGGCGGCGGCACCUCCUUUGAGGAGGAUUUGGACUCCGUAGCUCCGCGAUCCGCCCCAGCUGGGGCCUCGGAGCCGCCUCCGCCGGGAGGGGUCGGGCUGGGAAUCCGCACCGUGAGGCUUUUUGGGGAGGCUGGGCCCGCGCCGGGAGUCGGUGGCGGCGGCAGCGCGGGCGGAGGGGACGCAGCGCUGGAUUUCAAGUUGGCGGCUGCCGUGCUGAGGACGGGCGGCGGAGGUGGUGCCUCUGGAAGCGACGAGGACGAGGUGUCCGAGGUUGAAUCAUUUAUUUUGGACCAAGAAGAUUUGGAUAACCCAGUCCUUAAAACGUCAGAGAUAUUCUUAUCAAGUACAGCAGAAGGAGCAGAUUUACGCACAGUAGAUCCAGAGACCCAAGCGAGACUGGAAGCUUUGCUAGAAGCAGCAGGAAUUGGCAAAUUGUCAACUGCUGAUGGUAAAGCUUUUGCAGAUCCUGAGGUUCUCCGGAGACUGACGUCCUCAGUUAGCUGUGCACUGGAUGAAGCCGCUGCCGCACUGACACGGAUGAGAGCAGAGAGCACACACAGCACAGGACAAGUGGACACUCGCAGUCUGGCAGAAGCUUGUUCAGAUGGAGAUGUGAAUGCCGUUCGUAAAUUGCUAGAUGAAGGCAGAAGUGUAAAUGAACAUACAGAAGAAGGAGAAAGCCUGCUGUGUUUGGCUUGUUCAGCAGGAUAUUAUGAACUAGCACAAGUACUACUAGCUAUGCAUGCUAAUGUUGAAGAUAGAGGGAAUAAAGGAGAUAUAACUCCUCUGAUGGCAGCUUCCAGUGGAGGUUAUUUAGAUAUUGUAAAAUUAUUACUUCUUCAUGAUGCAGAUGUCAACUCCCAGUCAGCAACAGGGAACACUGCACUGACUUAUGCUUGUGCUGGAGGAUUUAUUGACAUUGUAAAAGUGCUUCUUAAUGAGGGUGCAAAUAUAGAAGACCAUAACGAAAAUGGACACACUCCGCUGAUGGAAGCAGCCAGUGCAGGUCAUGUGGAGGUUGCCAGAGUUCUUCUAGAUCAUGGUGCGGGCAUCAACACUCAUUCUAAUGAGUUUAAAGAAAGUGCUCUGACACUUGCCUGCUACAAAGGCCAUUUGGAUAUGGUUAGAUUUCUGCUUGAAGCUGGUGCAGAUCAAGAACAUAAAACAGAUGAGAUGCACACUGCCUUAAUGGAAGCUUGCAUGGAUGGGCAUGUAGAGGUCGCACGUUUGCUUUUAGACAGUGGUGCUCAAGUGAAUAUGCCCGCAGAUUCCUUUGAGUCCCCAUUGACUCUAGCUGCCUGUGGUGGACAUGUCGAAUUGGCAGCACUGCUUAUUGAAAGAGGAGCAAAUCUUGAAGAAGUUAAUGACGAAGGAUACACGCCCUUGAUGGAAGCUGCUCGAGAAGGACAUGAGGAGAUGGUGGCACUUCUGUUGGCACAAGGUGCAAAUAUAAAUGCCCAGACAGAAGAAACUCAAGAAACUGCUCUUACCUUGGCUUGCUGUGGAGGCUUUUCUGAAGUUGCAGAUUUCCUGAUUAAGGCAGGGGCUGACAUAGAACUUGGCUGCUCUACACCUCUCAUGGAGGCUUCUCAGGAGGGACACCUGGAGUUAGUUAAAUAUUUACUGGCUGCUGGUGCUAAUGUGCAUGCUACCACAGCAACAGGAGACACAGCUCUAACCUAUGCUUGUGAAAAUGGACAUACAGAUGUUGCAGAUGUUUUACUUCAAGCAGGGGCCCAUUUAGAACAUGAAUCUGAGGGUGGAAGAACACCUUUGAUGAAAGCUGCAAGAGCUGGUCACUUGUGCACUGUUCAGUUUCUUAUUAGCAAAGGUGCCAAUGUGAAUAGGGCUACAGCCAAUAAUGAUCACACAGUAGUGUCACUGGCAUGUGCAGGAGGCCAUUUGGCAGUGGUUGAACUACUCUUGGCUCAUGGAGCUGACCCUACUCAUCGACUUAAGGAUGGAUCAACAAUGCUUAUUGAAGCUGCAAAAGGUGGCCAUACUAAUGUUGUUUCUUAUCUGUUGGAUUAUCCAAAUAAUGUUCUGUCGGUUCCCACCACAGAUGUGUCUCAACUUACCUCUCCGUCACAAGAUGAAUCUCAGGUUCCACGAGUACCCAUACACACACUUGCCAUGGUUGUGCCUCCCCAGGAACCUGACAGAACUUCGCAGGAGACGUCUACUGCCCUUUUAGGAGUACAAAAAGGUGCAUCCAAGCAGAAGUCCAGUUCUCUGCAGGUAGCAGAUCAGGACCUACUGCCACCUUUUCACCCAUACCAGCCUUUGGAGUGCAUAGUAGAAGAGACUGAAGGCAAGCUGAAUGAACUGGGGCAAAGAAUUAGUGCUAUUGAAAAAGCUCAGCUUAAGUCAUUGGAGUUAAUUCAAGGUGAGCCUCUAAACAAGGAUAAGAUAGAAGAACUUAAAAAGAACAGAGAAGAACAAGUCCAGAAGAAGAAGAAAAUACUGAAAGAACUACAGAAAGUGGAAAGGCAAUUACAGAUGAAAACACAGCAGCAAUUUACCAAAGAAUACUUGGAAACCAAAGGUCAGAGAGACGCAGAGUCUCCACCCCAGCAGUGCUCUCACAGAGGAGUCUUUAUGGCAGGGGAAGAAGAUGGCAGUCUCCCAGAGGACCACUCUUCAGAAUCGCCCCAAGUUGAUACAGUCUCAUUUAAAGAUCAUGGUAUUGAUAAGCAACAGUCUCCAUCAUCGGCAGAACAAAUUAAUUUUGUCCCAGUCCAGCCUCUAUCAUCUCCACAAAGUAACUUUUCCGGUGACUUAGGUUCUAAUGGGACAAAUUCUCUUGUGCUUCAGAAAGUAUCAGGUAACCAGCAGAUCGUAGGACAGCCUCAGAUUGCAAUUGCUGGACAUGAGCAGGGGCUGUUAGUUCAAGAGCCAGAUGGACUCAUGGUUGCAACUCCAGCCCAGACGCUUACCGACACUCUUGAUGACCUGAUAGCAGCAGUGGGAAAACAGUGCAAUUAAUCAUUUACCUUCCUAAAGAUGGCUGGUGAGUGUAUCACCUCCAUGAGAGCCCAGUUCAGAAUUGCAGCCAGAAUGGCUGUUGACAGUGGAUGAAGACCAAGAACUAAGAUGUAGCUGGAGUGAUAUUCAAAGGCAGGCCAGUCCUCUGUCUCUUGAUUGCAACAUUUUUUUCCUUAUUGUUGUCUGUUUCCUCUUGUCAUAUUCUCCUCCCCAUCCCACCCCAAUUAUACUAUCCCAGUUUCCUUUCUUCUUUUGUGAGCCUGUAGUCUUCCUGAUCUUUACUAAAUCUUUUAAAAUGUGGAAUAAGAUUAAAUCAGGAAUUUUUGUUGAGUAUAUGUGUUAUUUCCAUUGGUUAUAGAUGUAAUUUUGCCAUUGAGGCUUCUCUGCCAUGUAAUAAAUAGUAUUGUGAAGAAGAAAAAUGUCUAAUUUUCUUAAAAUUCAAAUGCUGCGAAAUAUUUUAAGGAGUUAGGAUUGUUAUUCUUUAAUUUGAAUUUUUAUAUUUUGUGGUUCUUCUUAAGAAGUCAAGUUUAUUUUAACCACAACAGUGCUAAAGGAAACUUGUAGUUAACUUUAUGGUAAUUUUACAGAUGGUUCUUGAAAGUGUUUAUUUUACUAUAGUAUUUUUAAAUAGAAAAGAUCUUUUACAGAGUUCACAUGAAACUUAAAAAUUACCUUAGAAAAUAUUUUAGUGUUAUGUUAAUUGACGUAAUAAAACUUAGACCUUAAAUACUCAUCACAUUCUAAAUAACUUAAAUUGCCAAAUAAAAAGCUCUAUUUUAUGAAGUUUAUCUGUUUUGAAAUACAUGGUGAUAAUUGUACUCUCUGUUGAAGAUGAUGACAUGUCUCACUUAAAAUUAUUUUUUCCAAGUCUAAUUUUCUUAAUUCAUGGUGUCAAAAAUUACACAAGGUUAAUAGCUAACUAUAGUUGUAAAACUUUCAAGCAUAUCGGUAGGGUUAUGGAGCAAGCCAUAGGCAAAAUUAAUUCUACUUUAAUUUAUUCUUGUUAGUAAUAGAGAAAAUAGUAUGUAUUUUAAAGUUUCACUUGGGGAUAUAUCCCUCCAUAGGGAAUGUAAAUUUCCCUUUUUAAGAAUGUUUUCUCAUUAUUGCUGCUCUACUCUCAAAAUAUUGUCAUGUUAAUUGAUGAAUUGUUUAAAUAUAUAUACAUAGCUUAUUAAUGUCAUAACUCAUGUCAUUUACUCAACCUAUAGCAUGUAAUCUUAGAUAUGUCAAAUUCUAUAGUCCUAAACAGAAUAUUCAAUCUUGAUUAGGAACAAGCCACCUCAAAUCUCUGUCUUCUGAAAGCAUUAGGCUUUUAUCAGUUAUAAUAACAAGUGAUCUUAAAAGUUAAAAUGUUUAUCUAAUUUAUAUGAAAUUGUAUAUGAUAUGCUCAUGGAAGCAGUUAUUACAACUUUUAUUUCUAAUAUUAUGUUUAUGUUUUGUUAAUUUUCUUUAGUUUUAAUAGCCACUUAUAUACUUCCUUGAAUUUUUUUUAAAAAAUUACUUCUUGAUUGACACCUGUAAUCCUAGUACUUGGGAAGUAGGCACAGGAGGAUCAGGGGUUCAGAGUCAUCCUAAUUACAUGUUAAGUUCAAGGCCAGUCUAGGACAUACUGUCUUAAUUAAAUAAAAAGAAAAGGGAGGAAAAUACACUUCGAUUAAAAACAAACUGGAAAAUACUCUAGAAAUUUAGAGCAAUUUAAAGAAAUGCAAAAUAGCUUUGACUGUUGAGCAGUUGUAAAAGCAUUCAAUAAAAUUUCAUUACUAUACAGAGGAUUGAUUAAAAGUCAUUAUCAAUUUAGUAUCUAUGAAACACUAUGUACCAAGCUUAGUGUUAGUUACUUUAUUUAAACCAUCUUAGGCUGUUUAAACUCAUCCCACAAAAUAGAUUUUCCUAUCUCAGUUCUGUUGGAAACUAAAGCUUUGAGAAAGGAAGUAGAGGCUAUUUCCCCAGACUUUUUCCUGACUCAGGAGUUCCUUCUCAUCUUUCUUUAAUAAAUCUACAUCCAUCUGCAAGAGGAGUAAUAUAGGGAGCUGCUAAUUAUUAUAAAAUUUUUACUUUGUUCAGCCAUAUUUAAGAACCUUAGUUAAAGCUAGGCAUGGUGGUAUAGCCUUAAAUUUGGGAACUCACGAAGCAGAGGGAAGGCAGAUCCCUGGGUUCCAAGCCAGCCAGAGCUACAUUGUGAGAUCCUGUCUGUAGAGAAAGAAAAAAAAGAGAAAAAAGAACCUUAGUUGUUAUAUUAUGCAUUUGAUUUUUAAUAAAAGUUGUGCAUUUAUCUUAAAAUACUAUUUCUUUCUUUUUUUUUUUUUUUUCUUUUUUUCGGAGCUGGGGACCGAACCCAGGGCCUUGCGCUUGCUAGGCAAGCGCUCUACCACUGAGCUAAAUCCCCAACCCCUAAAAUACUAUUUCUUAUAUACUUCUAAAUUCUAUUAGAAUAAGUCAGUCUUGUUCUUAUAUUAAAAUUUGAUGUGUAUGUGAGUUAAUAUGGUUUUGUGUCUAAUCAGUAUUGCUGUUGGUACUCUGAUGCACAUGUUUAUGUCACACUUUUAAGAGGGCCGGAGAGGUGGCUCAGCAGUCAAGAGCACUGGCUGCUCUUCAGGUCCUGAGUUCAAUUCCCAGCAAUCACAUGGUGGCUAACAACCAUCUGUGAUGGUAUCUGAUGACUUCUUUUGGUGUGUCUGAAGAAAGCGACACAUAUAUAAAAUAAAUAAAUUUUUUUAAAAAAAUCAUAGUUUAAGUAUUUGUUUUAAGUGACACUGCAAUGAUCAUUGUGAAGUUUAAAAAUAAAAUAUUAGGGCCUGCAGAGAUGGCUCAGAGAUUGAGAGCAUUUACUGUCCUUCCAGAGUACCUAAGUUCAGUUCCUAGCGCCCAUGUCAGGUAGCUCAACAACACCAAUAGAACUUGGAAUGGUGGCAUUAUGCCUUUAAUCGUAGCUUUCAGGACACAAAGGCAGAUGGCUAUGUGAAUUUAAGGUCAACCUUGUCUAUAUAAAGAGUUCCGGGCCAGUCAGGGCUACAUAGUGUCUCUUACACAUAUACAUACACAAAGAUCAACCACUCCAGUGUUAUGGGAUCAGAAUUUUAGCUAUAGGUACCCCAACGUACAUGUGAUACAUAUACAACAUAAAUACAAUAAUUAAAAAUAAAAUAAGUUUUUUAAAAGAAUUUGGAGAUCCUCUUAUUUCAGAGGGAUUUAUAUUUUAAAUAAUAAUUACCUUUGAUGUUAAUAUUUUACUUUUAGGCUUUAAUUUUGUUUUCUUUUUCAAGACAGGGUUUAUCUGUGUGGCCCUGGCUGGCCUGGAAUUUGCUCUGUAGACCAAGCUAGCCUCUCCCACAGAAGCAGAGGCUGGUAGGUCUCUGAGGUCCACCUGUUUGAGUCCUGGUGCUAAAAGAGUGUCACCACCACCCAGCUUAAGCUUUUUUUUUUUUUUUUUUUUUUUUUUUUUUUUUUUUUGGUUCUUUUUUUCGGAGCUGGGGACCGAACCCAGGGCCUUGCGCUUCCUAGGUAAGCGCUCUACCAGCUUAAGCUUUAAUUAAAUGAAAGUGAUCAUUACUAUGACAUAUACCAAAUAAUAGUCAUAACAUUUCUAUUUUGUCACAAAUGUUAGGGAAGUCCUCUAUGUUCUUAGCACAGCCCAGUUUGUUUUUUAUUGUUUUGAUUUAGGGUUUCACUCAGUUGCUCAGUCCUUGGAUUGAGCCUGUAACUAGGCAGGCCUUGAACUUGUGAUCUUCCUGCCUUGGCCUGUGGAUCAGCUGGAUUGUAUGACCAGGCCUGGUGCUGUUUUUUGGGGGUUAGGGGGAGCAGAGUCUCAUGUAGUCUAGGCUAGCCUUAAACUCCUAAUAUUUCAUGUUCUAUCACCCAAGUAUUAAGAUUUACAGGUGAGUAGCACCAUAUUCAUUAAGUGAUUAAAACCUUGCAACAUAUUUUAUUUCUCUAGUAGCAAUAAAAUUUUAUGUUAAAAUUUGUUAUUCCAUACUACAUACAAAAUUUUGCUUGGUUUCAUAAAAAGUCAGGUCAAAAUAUUACACUUGGUUUUUCUAUUGCCCUACUUUUGAACAGUGUAAAAUUUUUAAUUUGAAUUGUAUAUUGAUUUUUCUGUUGUAGUUUUCUGCUUCUGUCAUUUUAAGAGACAUUUUGUCCAGAGAUAGGAAAUGUUUUAAAAAUUAAUGAAAAUGUCGUGGUUCUAAAGUAUAAUGUUCUUAUACAACCUUUAUAACUUUCAUUUGUAAUUAAUCCUAUUAAAGUCACUUUCCAUGGAAUGGUUCUGAUUGUCAUUAUUACAGAGAAAAUAUCUUAGACUACUAUAGCAUACCAUGUUUUGAAGUAAUAGAGCUGUUGAAUACACAGGAAAUGUGUAUAUUUUAAGUAAGUUCUAUAAAGGAGUCUUUCAUAACAUCACAUUUUAGCUUUCUACUCUAGUCAAAUACUUUUAAAAGAGAUAACAGGAAUAAACUGAUAGAAAUUUAAUUCUUUUUUUAAGGUAUAUGUUAAUAAUUACAAGACCCACCACUGAAAAUAUAAGUCAUUAAAGUGUUAUAUGUCAAUCUAGUAUGUUGUGGGGGUUGUUGGUUUUUGUGUAACAGUAUCUGCCACUUAAAUGGAAUGACAAAAAGUUUUAAAGCUUUAAGUAAUCAUUCCUAUUAAUAGCUAGAUAAUUAAAUGUUAUUUUGUGGUGAAUAAAGUUGUUGGAAUUUAUAUCACCAAUAUGUUUUAUAUAUUGGUGGGGAGAAGAAGGGAUGGCUUAUGUAGAAUCAAACCCAGGCAUAUUAAAUUUUGCUGAGUUAUUUUAGCUUCUAAAUUAAACUGGGAGUGGCACAUACCAGUAAUCCCAAUGCUUGACAGUAGAGAUGGGAGGAUGAAUAGUUCAAGACCAGCUUUAGCUGCACAUCAGAUUUGAGGCCAGCCUGGACUCGAUGAGACUUUGUCUCAAAAAAAGGAUAAAUUAAAAAGCCGAAGUAAAUUACUAAGUUGGAUUUUAUAAGCUUAUUUCCAUUGUGGAAAUUUCCUAUUCUAUUGGUUAUAUCUUUUCUGAGUUUUUCUUUCUUGAAUAGUAAUAGUUAUAUUUUCCAAUACAGUGAAUAAUAGUACUGAAAGAAUUGUAAAAUGUCCCAUUUUGCAUUUAUUGAGCAUUUACCUUGUGCCAGGUACUGUUAAGUCCUUUAAAUACAUUAUCUCAUAAAUUACUAACCUUUUUUUCAAGAUUAGUCCUACUUAACCCUUUGUGAGUCAAAGCAACAUCCUCUGUGAAACAAAGAUAGACAAAAUAAUUUCCAACUCUGUUUUCAACACCACAUUUUGGGUUUGGGUUUUGACUUUGCUUUGCUCUGUAGCUUGGGAUGACCUUGAACUCCUGACUUCCUCACCUCCCAAGUGCUAGAAUUACAGGCAGGUAUCACCAUUCUAAACUGCAACUACAAGUUGACUUUCAGAAAUAGAUUUUUACCUAACUCAGAAAUAAAUAGUAGCUGGGCAUGGUGGUACAUGCUUUUAUCCCAGCAGGUGUGUUUGAGCCUAAGGGCAGCAUGCUUGUUGCAUAGGGAAUUCCAGGAAAACCAGGGCUGUAUAGUGAGACUGUGAC